AGUCCGCGGAGUGCUGCAGCCCGAGCGCGCGCGCGUCUAUUAUGGAGCUCAGAGUGCAACAUUUCUUCAUUCUUGUAUCAGCUAUUUUAUUUCUAUGUGUUUUUGCAGACUUGCGUGGUCCUGUGGUCCACACAAACCUCGGGAGCCUCAGAGGUGAGUAUGUGACCAUAAAGGGUAAGGACACAGGAGUCCACACCUUCCUGGGUGUCCCGUUUGCAAAGCCACCUGUAGGCGCUCUGAGACUGAAAGCACCUCAGCCUGCAGGAGGAUGGGAAGGAGUGAGAGAUGCCUCUCAUCAGCCACCCAUUUGUGUUCAGCCAAAAGAAUUGAUGGAGGACCUGUUAAAUAAACUGGGUGGUUUAAUGGCAGAGAUCCCAGAUGCUUCAGAAGACUGUCUUUACCUCAACAUUUAUACUCCUGCAAACAAAAGUCCUGACGCCAAACUCCCAGUCAUGGUCUGGAUCCAUGGUGGAGGGUUUGUGAUGGGCUCAGCUUCAAUAGGUGAUGGCUCAGCCUUGGCUGCUUACCAGGAAGUGGUUGUGGUUUUAAUCCAAUACCGUUUGGGACUACUGGGUUUUCUCAGCACUGGAGAUGAGAACAUACCAGGAAACUUUGGCCUGUUGGACCAGGUGGAAGCCCUUCGAUGGGUUCAGCAGCACAUUCACAACUUUGGAGGAGAUCCGAAUUUAGUCACCAUAUUUGGGGAGUCUGCUGGUGGUAUUAGUGUGUCUCUUUUGCUUCUCUCUCAGUUGUCUUAUGGGUUAUUCCAUCGUGCAAUUGCUGAAAGUGGCACUGCUCAUAUUCAGUCAGUCGCAGACAUGGAUCCUCUGCCAGUCUCAAAGGCAAUGGCCAAUGUACUUGGCUGCAACGUGGAAAAUACAAAGAAGAUGGCUGACUGCAUGAAAAACAUCAAGGUUGAGUCUAUUAUUGAUGCUACUAAGGACAUGAAAGUUAAUUUCCCUCCGGUUUUCGACGGACACUUCCUGAAGAAACCUAUAAAAGAGCUGUAUGAUAACCAUGAACUUCUCACUGUACCUUUCAUGACUGGUGUUACAAAUGAUGAAGGUGGCUACUUACUUUGUGAGUUCUUCGCUCCUCCAAACUGGACAGAAGGAAUGGAUCGGGAGCUUUUCUUGAACCUAGUGUCUAUUGUUUAUCCUAAACCCCAAGAUACGAUCCGGAUGGAAAUGAUACUCGAGGAAUAUGUGGGAAACGGUGAAGAUCGUGUGAAAAAUAGAGAUGGGUUUACUGAGUUAAUCGGAGACUCAAUAUUCAACAUUCCAGCCAUUAAGACUGCAAAUGCUCACAGAGAUGCAGGAGCUCCUGUGUACCUGUACGAGUACCAGUAUCCUCCCAAAUUCCUGCAGGAAAACAGACCAAGUUUCGUUAAGAGUGACCAUGCAGACGAACUCUUCACAGUGUUCGGAUUCUGCUUCACAACUGCCCAUGUCAAAUUACAACAGGCAUGUACAGAAGAAGAAGAAGGGUUCAGCAGAGUCAUGAUGAACUACUGGGGAAACUUUGCUCGCACAGGAUCUCCGAAUGGGGACGGUCUAACCCACUGGCCUCAGUAUGGAGCAGAAGAAAAAUACCUGGCCCUCGACAUAAAGGAACAGGUAACCGGUCAGCACCUGAAGAAGGACCGCUUCCUCUUCUGGACUCAGACAUUCCCAGGUCCUGUGGUCCACACAAAGCUCGGGAGCCUCAGAGGCGACUAUGUGUCAGUAAAGGGGACAAAAACUGGAGUCCACGCCUUCCUGGGGGUUCCAUUUGCAAAGCCACCUGUACGUGCCCUGAGACUGAAACCUCCUCAGCCUGCAGUAGGAUGGGAAGGAGUGAGAGAUGCCUCCCGUCAGCCAUCCAUGUGUGUUCAGCAUAAAGAAUUAUAUCAGGACCUUUUGAAAAUGUGGGAUUUGACAGUAGAGAUCCCAGAUAUUUCAGAAGACUGUCUUUACCUCAACAUUUACACGCCUGGAAACAAAGCUCCUGAUGCCAAACUCCCAGUCAUGGUUUGGAUCCAUGGUGGAGUGUUUGUAUCAGGGUCAGCUUCAAUGUAUGACGGCUCUGCCCUGGCUGCUUACCAGGACGUCGUUGUGGUUGUAAUCCAGUACCGACUGGGACUGCUGGGCUUUCUCAGCACUGGAGAUGAGAACAUACCAGGAAACUUUGGCCUGUUGGACCAGGUGGAAGCCCUUCGAUGGGUUCAGCAGCACAUUCACAACUUUGGAGGAGAUCUGAAUUUAGUCACCAUAUUUGGGGAGUCUGCUGGUGGUAUUAGUGUGUCUCUUUUGCUUCUCUCGCCGUUGUCUGAUGGGUUGUUCCAUCGUGCAAUUGCUGAAAGUGGCACUGCUCAUAUUACGAUAUUCAACAUCAUAACGAAUAAUGUCCUGCCAGUAACACAGGUAUUAGUUAAUGAAACUGGGUGUCACAUCGAGACUACAAGGAAAAUGGCUGACUGCAUGAGAAACCUUAACAUGGAUAAAAUUAUUGAUUUUAAUCAGAGUUUUAAACCACGUUUUCCUGUGACUGUUGAUGGACACUUCCUGAGAAAACCUGUGGAUGAGCUGUUCCAGAAUCAUGAACUACUCACAGUGCCUUUCAUGACCGGAGUAACUAAUGAUGAGGGCGGUUGGCUCCUUAUCAAAUUCUUUGCUCCUCCAAACUGGACAGAGGGAAUGGAUCGGGAGCAGGUCCUGAACCAUCUGUCCAUUUAUUUCACUGAUCCAGCAGAUGACAUGCUCAAACAGAUGUUGACAGAUGAAUAUUUGGGAACUGCUGAAGAUCGUGUGAAAAAUCGAGAUGGGCUUACGAAGCUGCUUGGAGACAUGAUGUUCACCUUUCCAGCCAUUAAGGCAGCAAAUGCCCACAGAGAUGCAGGAGCUCCUGUGUACCUGUAUGAAUACCAGCAUUCUCCCAGUUUCCUGAAGACAAAAAGGCCAAGCUUUGUAAAGAGUGACCAUUUUGAUGAAGUCUUCACAGUGUUUGGACUCUGCUUCACAACUACCCAUGUCAAGUUAGGGCAGGCUUGUCCAGAAGAAGAGGAGCAAUUCAGCAGAACCAUGAUGACCUACUGGGGCAACUUUGCUCGCACAGGAUCUCCUAACGGGGUCGAUGUUGCCUUCUGGCCUCAGUAUGGAGCAGAGGAACACUACAUGUUAAUCGAUAUCGAUAAGCAGGUACCUGCUCAGCACCUGAAGAAGGAUAAGUUCAUCACCUGCACUGAGACCAUCCCAGAUCACAUCCAACAACAGAAAGAGAAGGUGCAUGAAGAGUUGUAAAAAUAGACAGAUGUGACGACUCUGGUACGCCGGUGUAUCAUCAAUCUUCAACCACAAACAAGUUACAGGAAAAAACUUACACUGUUUUGAAGCCAUGUUUAAAUUUCUGUGUUUUCUAGAGUUUAAGUCGCACCGUCAAAAAAACAUGAAGAGAUAAAACACACACAUAUAUAUAAAGCUCACGCCUCUUUCUGUGUUAUGAGCUCUUUAAUUUGGGAUUUUGGGUAAUUGUCUUUUUUAUGAUUAGCAUUUAUUCUUUAAUUAUUGGAGUUUAUUUUGUUUAUUGCUUUGAUUCCUGGGAAAGUUCCACAUAAAUAUUUGUUGUAAUUACUGUUAUUAAUAACAAACUUUAAUUUUUAGUACUAUGAGUCACACCAGAGUAUAAAAAAAUACGAUAUGUCAAAUUGGCAGAGGUGGGUGUAAGUCACUGUCAAGUCACUCUCAAGUCAUCAAUCUGCAAGUCCCAAGUCAAGUCUCAAUUCGGCUGUCAAACUUGCUGAUUCAUGACUUGAGUGACUUGAUGGUGACUUACUCCCACCUCUGCAAAUUUGCCUAAUCUAAAUAAAAUGUUGCACUUUAAUGUGCACUAUGCAGUACCCGCAGUUCCUUGAUGAAUGGAAUAAAAGGGAUUUUGUUGUUUUUAACCACACAAAAAAAAAUAAAGUUUUAACCUGCCACUUUUACACAAAAGAUAUAUAUUUAGAAUUUCAGGAUCAAGUACAGAAACGUUAACAUCAGUGAGUUCUGGUAAAAACUGAUGGUUACAUGUGUGUUACAACUUUAGGAACCCUCACGUUUGUGAACUGAAGGAUCAUUUGUCACAAGGGAGCAUGAAUCUGUCUCCAAAGAAGUUAAAAUAUGAAGGGAAACAAAAUCAGGACUAGAGACUGUAAAAUUCAAUCUAAAAACUCACCACUAGGUGACACUAAAUCAUACACACUAUCUUUUAAAGAAUAAACUGCUGGAAUACCAGUUAAAAUGUUUCAUUUUCAAGCAUUUGGUACAAACAGCUGGGUGUGGGAAUGACUGUAUUUGAUGCACUGAUGCUGUAAUGAAGAAUUAUUAAUAGUUCAGUAAUUAAUUCUGAAGUCUGGUCUUGUGAAUAAGUUUUAUGUUCGGCUCACUGUACUUAUACUCUGUGUGGAAAAUAAACCUGUCCUUGGAUCACUU